AUCUGCUUUCGUUGGGGAAUUGACUCUCAUAGACAGCUCUAUCUCCCAUUCUCUUACAUUUGCUGCAUAUGCUGUGAUCCUCAGCUGCACAUCAUGUCCGUGACUUGGUCCUCCAGGAUGUCGGCCGGUGGUGGCCAUGGCCUGUCUGGGGGAAUAGGAGGCGGUGGAGCCAGGUUGGGCUUUGGCUUUGGGGGAGUUGGAGAUGGCUUUGGGGGUGGUGGCAGUAGCUUUGGGGGAGGUGGCAGUAGCUUUGGUGGAGGUGGCAGUGGCUUUGGGGGAGGUGGCGGAGGAGGCUUGGGCAUGGGGCUGGGCUUGGGAGGUGGACUGGCUAUGGGGUCUGGGCUGGGGUUGGGUGGGGGAGCAGGGGGUGGGCUGGGUUUCGGUGGUGGCUUAGGUGGAGGUGGAGGUGGUGGUGGUGGAGGUUAUGGUGGAGGUUAUGGUGGAGGAUAUGGUGGAGGUGGUUAUGGUGGAGGUUAUGGUGGAGGUUAUGGUGGAGGUGGAGGUUAUGGUGGUGGUGGCGGUGGAGCCCUGAUGGCCAGUCCUGCCUUCGCUAUGGGACGCACCAUGGCAGCAGGGGGGAUCGGUGGCGGGUCGGCCAUGGCAUUGGGUACCUCUCUGGGCCCAGCAUUGGCUCCUAUGCGUUCCCGGCAGGCAGAGAAGAACAUGCUGUCCGGCCUCAACGAACGUUUCUCAUCGUACAUGGGCAAAGUGAGAGUCCUCCAGCAGGAGAACGCCAUCCUGGAGGCCAGACUGUCCCAGUUGUCGGGGGGUGCGGACAUGGGGUCUCCAGAGUCCUCCAGCACCACCACAGCGGAGUACGAGGCUCAGCUCAGCGAGUACCGUGUUACCCUGGAGACGCUCACCCUGGACACCAUCAAACUGGAGAUCGAGCUGGACAACGUUCGUGGCACUGCCCACGAACUCAAGGCCAAGUUUGACUUUGAGCAAGGUGUGAAGUUUCAGCUAGACUCUGACAUUUCAGCUAUGAAGAAGGACAUAGAUUUGGCAUCUGAACUACGCAUUGAUUUGGACGCCAAGUACUCCAGCUUGAAGGACGAACUGGACUUUGUCAGCAAGACGCAGGAAGAGGAAUUGUCCACUCUGCAGUCCAAACUGGGCACCACGUCUAUGGACACGUCUGUGUCCAUGAUCGAGGUUGACACGGGCAAGUCCUUUGACAUCUCCACCGCUCUCAACAAGAUCAGGGUGGAGUACGAGAAGUCUGUGCAGCAACACAGAGAUGAGGCGGACGCCUACUAUAAACUGAAGAUGGAAGAGAUACAGACCGCUACCGCCAAGAGUUCGGAGGCUGUCUCAGAGGCCAAGAUGGAAAUCUCAGGGGCCCGGAAGGAGCUGCAGACUUUCGGUCUAGAGCUCCAAGGCCUGGUCACUGCAAACAUGUCCCUGGAGCAAAGCUUGGCAGAAGCCCAUGCCCAGUCAAGCAUGGGCGUGGCCGGGUACCAGGGUCAGAUCUCCAGCUUGACGUCGGCCAUCGAGGUGGCCAAAACUGACCUCCACAAGCAGAUCAUGGCCUACCAGGAGCUUCUGGACGUCAAGCUGGCUCUAGACGUGGAGAUCUCCACUUACAGGACCCUGCUGGAAGGAGACCACCUCAAAUUACCUGAGACAUCCGGAUUUACAACAUCUUCCUACAGUUUCUCGGGUGAGAAACAUUUGAAACAAGGGAGUAUAGUGGAGCUGGAGGUGGAGGAGGGGGAAUACAAGUUAAAGAGAUCAUAACAGAACACACAGAGACCUCCCUGAUCUCUGAAACCGCAUCCGCAGACUCUGAAUCCACCUGAUUCCACCAGGGUACCUCUGGAACGUUGGACAUUCAGAUGCUCAAGCAACUCUUUCAACAUACGCCCCCCUAUGCCCCACUUUCCCUGAUUUAUAGACUACACAAUAAACAUUGCAUCUUACACCUGACCCCCUGCUCAUUUAUGUUGGCUCUGUUACAUUAUAAUGUCUUGGAUAUGUUAUUAUAAUUUUCUAUACGUUUUUCAAACUCAUAUAAUUUUAUAUGUGUGACUGAGUGUCUGUGCACUCAUCAAUUUACUGUGUUUUGAUUAGAAAUUGCAUAAUUACAUUAGUUGCAUAAUUAUUUGUGUUUGUGAGUAGAAACAGGAUAGUUGGAGAGUGCAUGUGAGAAUGUCAGUGUGUGUGUGUGUGUGUGUACGCUUCUCUCUGUCAUCUCUAUCCUGUUCCUCAAAUAUCGUUAUUUUUGUGGUCUGCGCUUGGCAUGCAAAGGCCCCAGAUAAAGUACACCAUACAAUGUUCUAAACAGGACAGCCACCAACCCCCACACGCAACUGCUGUGAAAGUUUGUCACGCUACACAGGAAGUCAUACACAGUAAUUAUACAGGACGGACUGUUGUCACGACAACCCUGUUGUGCGUAGAGGGUGCUUGUUCAUCUGAGGUUUGGUUAAAAAAAAAAAAUCACUAGUUAAAAUCUAUUCAUUUAUUUAAUAUUAGUUAAGAACCUGCAGCUAUACUGCAUUUUUUAGCAAACAAUUAGCUAAGAUUAUAUAUAUAUAUAUAUAUAUUAUAUAGUAUUAUAUAGUAUUAGCUUAUUGUAGGUAAUUAUUGUGUUUACUGUACAUGAUAAUGGAACAAUUACAAAUUUACACAAUUCGCUUUAUUAUUACGGUGUGCCUAAUGUUGUACCGUAAGUUCAAUGUAAUACGUUUUGUAAUGACUUAUAUGAGCAGGUAGUUUUCUGUUUAUGUUUCACAGACGACAUGACACACACGUGCACACGUCUGGUUUGGGUAGAGAUUACAAAUGUGGUAUGCCCAGAGAUAAUAUUUUUUGUUGUUGUAUAUUUGCCCAUUUGUAUAACGUUAUAGUAAUACGGCAAAGUGUUACCAAAAUUACAAACUUCAAAAUAUGUUUUAAAAUUAGGAAAGAUGAACUAACUAUUGAAAAAAGUGUAAUAAACCACAUCGGGCUUUG